AUGUCAAACCUCAACCAGAAAGGCCCUGCAGGAGAGCAGUGGGAUGAGGCCGAGAUCGAGCAAGCACUCAAGCGUCUGGGUGACCUCCACCACCAGGCAAAUGCGCAACCUGAGAUCGACCGUUUCCAGGACAAUGGAGCCCCUGUCUAUCCCCUCUUCAUCGGCGAGAUCAGAGAAUACAAACAGGCGGCCACGAGCGAGGAGACUGUGAAGGUCCUCGAGCAUGCGAACCAGAGCCGGAAAGAGAACCCAAAGGGCAUCAAGCCAUGGCGCGCAAGAGAUGACCCUAACUGGUUGACGACCAACGGCUGA